CUCUCUGCACUGCUGGAGUUAGGAAAAGCGAGGACCGUCUUGUGCGAAUGAAAACACUUUUACCUGUUUACUGUGGAAUAAAAGUGUCAGCCGAACCAGCCAGCUCAUCCACAACAAUGCUCCGGACUCACCUGUGAUAGUCUGGCGCGGUGACCUGUGACAAGAGGCUUAACGCUGGCCGGAACGCUGCGUUUGACGCUCUGGAUAGACAGACGGUCUUCGGCAGGAGAGCAUGGCGACGACAAACGUGGCGAUUGUGAAGGAGGGAUGGCUUCACAAACGAGGAGAGUACAUAAAGACGUGGCGGCCGCGGUAUUUCUUGCUAAAGGGUGACGGUACGUUUAUCGGUUAUAAGGAGCGACCGCAGGAUGUAGAUCAACUCGAGACACCGUUAAAUAACUUCUCAGUGGCACAAUGUCAGCUAAUGAAGACAGAGAGACCCAAACCCAACACAUUCAUCAUACGCUGCCUGCAGUGGACCAGUGUCAUUGAGCGCACCUUCCACGUGGAGACCCCCGAGGAACGGGAGGAAUGGACCAAAGCCAUCCAGGCUGUGGCCGACAGUCUGCAGAAACAGGAAAAGGAGAUGAUGGACUCGUCUCCAGACCCCAUGGACAUGGAGAUGUAUUUGACCAAACCUUGGCAUAAAGUGACUAUGCACGACUUUGAAUACCUCAAACUGCUGGGCAAAGGCACUUUCGGGAAGGUGAUUCUCGUGAAGGAGAAAGCCACGGGAAAAUAUUACGCCAUGAAAAUUCUCAAGAAAGAAGUCAUUGUAGCCAAAGAUGAAGUGGCUCACACACUCACAGAGAACCGUGUGCUUCAAAACUCUAAACACCCCUUCUUAACGGCUCUGAAAUACUCUUUCCAAACCCACGACCGUUUGUGUUUCGUUAUGGAGUACGCCAACGGAGGAGAGCUUUUCUUCCAUUUGUCCCGGGAUCGAGUGUUCUCAGAGGAGCGUGCACGGUUUUACGGUGCUGAGAUCGUGUCUGCGCUGGAUUACCUGCAUUCAGAGAGAAACGUGGUCUACAGAGACCUGAAGCUGGAGAACCUGAUGCUGGACAAAGGCGGUCACAUAAAGAUCACAGAUUUCGGCUUGUGUAAGGAGGGAAUCACUGAUGGAGCCACCAUGAAGACCUUCUGUGGAACUCCAGAGUAUCUGGCACCUGAGGUGCUGGAGGAUAAUGAUUACGGCCGCGCAGUGGACUGGUGGGGAUUGGGUGUGGUGAUGUAUGAGAUGAUGUGCGGCCGGCUGCCGUUCUAUAACCAGGAUCACGAGCGCUUGUUUGAACUCAUCCUCAUGGAAGACAUCCGUUUCCCUCGCACACUCGCUCCUGAGGGCAGAUCCCUGCUGUCCGGCCUGCUCAAGAAAGACCCAAAGCAACGGUUAGGCGGCGGCCCUGAUGAUGCUAAAGAGAUCAUGCAGCACAAAUUCUUCAUUGGGAUUGUGUGGCAAGACGUUUAUGAGAAGAAGUUGAUUCCUCCGUUCAAGCCUCAGGUGACGUCAGAAAUUGACACCAGAUAUUUUGAUGAAGAGUUCACAGGACAAACCAUCACCAUCACACCACCAGGGCAAGACGACAGUAUGGAGUCGUUUGAUAGUGAACGGAGGCCGCACUUCCCUCAGUUCUCUUACUCUGCCAGUGGAACCACAUAGAACCUUGAACGAGAUCUGCCUCUAGUCCAACAUCUUCAACCACUCUUGAUGCAGAAGUUUCCUUUUUACAGUGACCAUCAAUGAUGCACGACUCAAACAUUGACAGAGAAACCCUGAAACCGUGUGUUAAACAACACUGUCUGAUCUUUACACGUCCGGAUCUGUACUCUGUGGUUUCUCGUUGCUUCUGUGGCCUUUGAUUUCAUUCUUUUUCUGAGGAUAUGAGAGGGAACAGUAAAAACAUUUUCCACUCUAACAGUUAAUAUUAUGGAUUAAUAUAGAACUGUAAUGGAUUGUAUAGCACCUCCUUAGUCUGGCAUGACACUCGUUUGAGUAUUAAGACAUUUCAUAACUAAUGCAAUGCCAAAUAUCCUAUCAUUUACAAUUAAAAUACCAAUUACAUGAAAUGACCAACUGAAGCUUGACCUGACUGAACAGCAUUUUAUACACAUGUCUAGAUUAUAUGACUUCUAGACAAUUGAACUGGACUAUUUCUACCCCCAAAGUUGGCCCUUGCAUUCGUAAUGAUUUACAUUAAAUGUGCAAUACUGUGGAAAAGGACAUUUUGAUAAAAUGUCCAAAUUUCACUCCAAAAUUAAAAGAAAGAUAUUUUGCAUUUUUAGCACCAUUAAGAGUUUUGAUAGUGACAUUAUUUUCAUGACAGUUAAGUACAUUCCCCACUGCACCAUCAUCAUGGUAAUAGUUGUUGUACUAGCUUUAAUUUAUGCUGAUGUAAAUAAAAUAAUCAUUUUAUUCCAGUACUAAAAAUCCCCACUGAGAACAAAUAAAAUUGCAGAAAACUCAGGACACAUAAUGAUAAUUAUGUGCUUAAUUGUCACAAUGCCAAAAACCUUAAUGGUCCUAGAAAUAGGUGUCAUUUAAAAAAAUUAAAAAAUAUAAUUCCUAAUAUUUUCCCCCUUAUGAUAUUGUGCUAAAAAAGUGAUGUGGACAUGUUUUCGCAUGAUUCACUUUGAGUGACGGAUCCCUGAAUUUCACCCAUGAUUUCGAGUUACUAAAAGUCCCUCUCAUUAAACAGUUCACUUAUUAAAUUAUUUAGAUUGUGUUUUUCAUUUUCUAUAUGGAGUGUGUUGCACACCUCAGUGAGGUACUACAACUGUACAACUUAAGUUACGAGUCCAAGAGACCUCCCAAAUGUAUGAAAUGUCUUGUUUUUUAUGUAGGUUGCAUUAGUUCAUUUUUUAUUUAUGAACAACUAGAAAUCCCACGUGUGAUUUAACGUGCUGUAUAAAUGCAUUCUCUGCAUUUUACAUUUCGUCUGUAUAUUAUAAGUGUUUCCGUACAACUUGAAGGUAAUUUAAAGCAGCAUUUUCUACACAUCUGACUGAAUCUGUGUAAAUACCAUGAAACUGUUUUAAAACAGUUGCGAUCGAAUGUUGUUCAACCACAAAUAUGAUGUUUUCAUUGUUCAAUGCAUUGCUCAGAUCAUGUGUAAUAAUCACCACAAAUGUUACUCCGCAAACGUGAAUGAAUGUAAAGGCUUUUCGCUUCAUUUUCACCGUAUUAGCUUAGUUUAUAUGCAAAACAACUUUUUUAUUUACUUCUGAUUUUUCAAAUGAAUUAUGGUCUUUGGAAUUUUUUUACAUGGGGAGAUAUUUUACUUUUUUAUCCUAAAAUGUUUUAAAUGGUUUCGAUUUUUCCAUUGAAUUGAUCAAAUAAAUUUUUGGCUGAAUA